GGGAAUUUGGAAUGAACUCAGCAGGAUGAAGACGUUGCAGAGGGUGUGGAUUGCUCGCUACCGUUUAGCCCACUGCGACAUGAUCGGACUGUGCCAACAACUGCCCAACCUGGAGGUCCUUUCAGUCCUAGUCGAGUGGGUUGUCCGGCAUAAUCUUUGGACCAUCGACCCGCACUGCAAACUCCGUGCCUUGUACUUGACAUUCAGCGUGGUUGGAAGCAAUAAGGUUGGCCUCUCGAAACUCUUGGAGCCGCCCAACCUGGAAACUGUGUUUUUGACCAACUUGAAAGUGUCCAAGGAAGAGUUGACGAAGACGGCAAAGUUGGUGGAACAAGAGUCGAUACUCAAUCGUAUCUCGAUGAUUGUUCUGAGAAUGGACAGAAAUACCAGAUGGCAUGAGAUCAAAGAAGGCGAAAAAUUCAGAAAGGAUGCAAGAGUCUGA